GUGCGCGGCCACGUGGGCGGCGGCGCGGCUGCGGGCGGGCUCCGGGGGGCCGCGCCGCACCCGCACCCGGACCCGCAUCCGGACCCGCACCCGCGCCGCAUCGCCCCCGACCAGCGGCGCCAUGAGCGUGGGGUUCAUCGGGGCCGGGCAGCUCGCCUUCGCCCUGGCCCGGGGCUUCACGGCGGCAGGCUGUCGCCCGCAGGGGUCCUGGCGGCGCACAAGAUCACCGCGAGCUCCCCGGACACCGAGCUGCCCACCGUGAGCGGGCUGCGGAAGAUGGGCGUGAACUUCACGGUGAGCAACAAGGACACGGUGAAGAGCAGCGACGUCCUCUUCCUGGCCGUGAAGCCCCCCAUCAUCCCCUUCAUCCUGGACGAGGUCGGCCCCGACAUCGAGGCCCGCCACAUCGUGGUCUCCUGCGCGGCUGGCGUCACCAUCAACUCCAUCGAGAAGAAACUCUCUACCUUCUGCCCCACACCAAAAGUGAUCAGGUGCAUGACCAACACCCCUGUGAUUGUCCGGGAAGGUGCGACAGUCUAUGCCACUGGGACUCAUGCAGAUGUGGAGGAUGGGAAGCUCUUGGAACAACUGAUGGCCAGUGUAGGCUUCUGCACCGAAGUGGAAGAGGACCUGAUAGAUGCUGUAACGGGGCUCAGUGGCAGUGGCCCUGCGUAUGCAUUCACUGCCCUGGAUGCUCUGGCAGAUGGAGGAGUGAAAAUGGGACUUCCCCGCAGGCUCGCGGUUCGGCUUGGAGCCCAGGCCUUGCUGGGUGCUGCCAAAAUGCUGUUGGAGUCUGAGCAGCACCCGGGUCAGCUGAAGGACAAUGUCUGCUCGCCGGGGGGGGCCACCAUCCAUGCCCUGCACUUUCUGGAGAGCGGCGGCUUUCGCUCACUGCUCAUCAAUGCUGUGGAGGCUUCAUGCAUCCGGACAAGGGAGCUGCAGCAUUUGGCAGACCAAGAGAAGAUCUCCCCAGCAGCCAUAAAGAAGACUUUGUUGGAUAAGGUCAAGCUAGAGUCUCCUUCUCUGUCUCUGGCAUCCACUAGCAAAGUCAGUCUGUUCACCAGUAAGAGCCCCAGCAGCAAGAAGAACUGACCGGACUACUGUAGUCUGCCUGUGCUGAUCAUCAGCCUCCUAUAUGCCCUUUCUUCUUUGUCUAAGGAAAAACUCUCGCUCUGAAUGGUUGUGUCCCCCAUACCUAGCUCUCAGCUUGCAGGAGCUGUGGGGCAGCAUGAGGCUGUAGGAGAGGGUCUUUAACCUCUAGUGGGAUUGGUGAAAAUUGUCCCUAGUAUUGCUGUUUUCUGUUGGGCAGGGGUGAUAUCAUCACCAGAGCUUUAUCUAGGGCAUCAUUUGGCCAGAGGCCCUGGGUAGCCCUAGAGCUCUGGCAGUGUUUUUUGUGUCCCUUGUGGAUAUGGCUUCUAUUGGUAUUUCUGAUAGGUUUCAGAAUGCUUUUUGGUCUCAAUGGUUUGAACCAGGCUGGAUCCCUCUUGCCUCAGCAUGUGCUGUCAGAGCUUGUCUCCUGUCACUGUCUGUGUUAGCUAGAACAGAUAAUACUGCAGAAACGCAGUGCUCUGCACUCCAUUAGAGGCUGGGCUCUAAUGCACCUCUCAAAAGGGAUUAAAGUGCCUCUGCUCUGUUUCCCAUCUGCCUUGAUUUGACAGCCCAGUGAUGUGAACUCCUGGCCUUCAAGCACCCUGAGUACUUGAACCACACUCCAUCUGUCUCUGCCAGCUACUCCUUCUCCCUGCUCCACAUAGUUUGGGAACCGUGGCCUGCUCUCAUUGUCCCUCCUUUGCUGCUGGCCUUCUUGGGUGUUUGGGCAGGUGGAGGGCUAGCAAGUUCUCCCUCUUCCUUCUGUUUCUGGCACCCUUGAGCUCUCCACAAGCAGAAUCUGCUCCCACGCACCCAUGGGUAUGCUUCAGUGGUCGCUGUGCUCCCUGAUGCUCUCCUUGCUCUUUGCACUACUCCUGGGGCAGCAAGGAGCAGAGCUGAGAUCAGAGAAAGCCCUCUUCUGCACUGCUCCCUUAGGUUCAAGUGGGCUUUGUCUGGUUGGAUUCGGUACCCAGGUGCUGGGCUACUGGGUGGCAGCAGAACUCUCCUUGUCUCCUUUCCUUGAAUCAGGCUGUGUCUCCUUGGUCUGUGGUGUUGACAUCCACUGCCAGGGGCUACUCUGCUUCAGCUCCUGCGGUUUAUAUAUGCUGUGACGGGCUGGUUGUCCCUUCCAGACAGUACUCUUCCUCAACAGGGCCCUGGGCUGGGCUGAUGACUUCCUGCACAACAGCCUCAGUAUCCCUUUGUGUUGGCACAGUUAGGUUUCUUUGGUAUUUUCUAGCCCACUUCUGAUUGUUUUUUCUUUCUGUUCUUUUGAAGAUAUCACACCGCUAAGGCUGAAAACUAGUUGGGGAUGCUUCAUGCAGUUGCAUUCCUAGUCCUUUAGUAUACAAGACUGAAGGGAAACACUGAAUCAUCUGAUCUGGCUUGUGGCUCAAAUGUUGUCCCAUCUCACCUAGCUUGUCUUGCAUGAGAUCCAGGAGGAAAAUGGUUCAGUCCCUGCUUGAUACAAAAGAGGUUAAGGGAGUACUCAUGAGUGCCUGGUGCCUGUGUAACAACAGGGAAUUGUUUGGUCAAACAUGUCCAGAUGACUAUACCCUUGCAGAGGAGGAAGACCCUUGCUGCUCCCAUCUGGAGAGCUUCUCAAGUCUGACUCAAAUUUGUGAGCAAGAAACAGCAGAGAAAAAUGGGGUCUGAAAACAGUGGUUUCUUCUGCCCAUCAAACUCCAGUGUUUCUGAGGGGAGAAAUCUGGCCAGGCUUGUGGUAGCAGCAGGCUGAGGGGGAAACCCUGCUUGACCCUUCCCAGCAACUGGAUGGAUUACAGCCCAUCACUUAGAAACGCAGUUAUUCAGGCAUGGUCUUGGGAACCAUCUCAAGAACAGCAGCAAAGACAAGGCUUCAUCUGCUGCUUUAUAUGACUUUUUUUUAUAGCAAAUAUCCUUGCUUGGCUUCCUUGCCUCUACUCUUCUCUCAGACCCUGAGUGCUAUACUGAGCCAGAAAAUGGUACAAAGCAUGCAGGCCGACCCCACUGCUUUUAGCGGCAGCAGUGGAAGCAGCAGACUGGAUGGGAUGGAAGGGAUUCGGGUGGAUAAAUGUAUCAUACUGUAUUCUACCUGGGGAUAUACUGGGGGGGGGGGGGGGGGGGGGUUUGCUGGUAAAAGGAAGACAUUUAAGCUGGGCUUAUUGUCUGUCUCCUCAGGUAUCCUGGGUAACUUGGUGAUACAGGAAAAGCAUUUAGGUAACAGUGCAGAGGCUGCCAAAGGUGCUAAUAAUGGAAGAGCUUUCUCGGUGUUAGGCUUUGGGCUGGUAGCAGGGCAUGACCCUAUAGGCAUUAGAGAUGGUUCCUCCUCUUCCCUCUUUCCAUAAUAAACUGCUUCUCUGACUGAG